CUUUUACCUUCUGGCUGGUUCUUCCCUGGGGGGAAAAUAUCUCCCUGGGCUCCUUCCUGGCUCUCCAGGGAUAGGAGGGCCUUUUGACACAGCCCAGCUCCUCGGGUCAGGUGAGGGGCAAGGGUUUGUGGGCUGAGCGCCCUGGUGUAAGCUUCCUGUUGGGGGUGUAAAGGAGUCUACAGGGUCCUGACCUCUGCUCUGUGUCUUGCAGAGUGCCUGCUCACUGUGCCCCCCCGGGUUAUGACGACCCCCAAUAAAGGAAGCAAGGCCUUAAAGGUGAAGCGGGAGCCGGGCGAGAAUGGCACCAGCUUGACCGAUGAGGAGCUGGUGACCAUGUCGGUGCGAGAGCUGAACCAGCACCUGCGAGGCCUGUCCAAGGAAGAGAUCAUCCAGCUGAAGCAACGGCGGCGCACGCUCAAGAACCGCGGCUACGCGGCCAGCUGCCGGGUGAAGCGGGUGACCCAGAAGGAGGAGCUUGAGAGGCAGAAGGCGGAGCUCCAGCAGGAAGUGGAGAAGCUGGCCUCGGAGAACGCCAGCAUGAAGGUGGAGCUGGACGCGCUGCGCUCCAAGUAUGAGGCCCUGCAGAACUUUGCCAGGACCGUGGCCCGCAGCCCCGUGGCCCCUGCGCGGGGUCCCCUUGCCGCUGGCCUGGGGCCCUUGGUGCCUGGCAAGGUGGCCGCCACCAGUGUCAUCACAAUAGUAAAGUCCAAGACAGAUGCUCGGUCAUAGGGACACGUGCAAUUGCUAGGCAGGUCUUUGAGGGGCCACUAGGUGUGUGGCAGAGUUGGCAGCCCUGUCCCUCAUCCUUUCCUCUCCCCCUUCUUUUCUCCUCUCCUACCC